UUAGGGUUUUUCAGUUACAUGCGGAGCUACGAAUUGAAUACACGAAGGAAAGGCAAGUCGGUGGUUCAACACAACCAACCCAAGUCACUAACCGGAAAACAAACAUACAUUUACCGGCCGUUGUACCUCACUGUCAACAGGUAGUCUCCGCCGGAGCACAUGCCGUGCACAAGAAAAACUUGUUCAUUAUCGUCUUCAAACAUUCAUGCAUGCAUGCAAGCAGUUGAGUUAGUUACCAUGUUCCAACAAACCACGUGCAUGUCUCUCUCUCUGUUCCCUAACCUUUUGCAGGCAACCUAACCAAUGGCUUAUAAAUCUAGCUACAAAAAAUCGUCAAAAGGAGAAGAAAAAGAGAACAGAAAUAUUAAAGGUAGAAUAAGCGAAUCAUAGUGUCGAAAUCAGACCCGGCCAGAAUGGCUGUUUGCCCUACCGACGACAGGCAUGUGGCCGUUUUGGCAUUUCCCUAUGGAACACACGCCGCUCCGCUUCUGAGCCUGGUGCGUAGGGCGGCGGCGGAGUCACCGGAAGUGUCGUUCUCCUUCUUCAGCACCAAAAGAUCCAAUGCCUCCGUCUUCGCCGGGCUCGACGAGGAGCAGCUUUUGAACAUAAGGCCUUACGACAUUGAAGAUGGGUUGCCGGAGGAUUUUGUGCCCUCGGGGAACCCCCAAGACCCCGUUGCCUAUUUCGUUAAGGCCAUGCCCGCUAACUAUAGGACUGCCAUGGAUGAAGCCGUGGCGAAAACCGGGAGACAGAUCACUUGCUUGGUUUCUGACGCUUUCUUUUGGUUUUGUGCUGACAUGGCUGAAGAAUUGCAUGCCAAGUGGAUUCCUCUGUGGACUGCAGGGCCUCACCCUCUCCUUGCUCAUAUUUCCUCCCAUCAAAUCAGGGAAAAGCUUGGCCCAGAUGGAGUCCGAGAAAACAAAGAAAUCGAUUUCCUUACUGGUUUCAAUGGGUUGAAGGCAGGUGAUUUGCCUGAAGGAUUGGUGGAAGUGCCAGAAGAACCAUUUUCAAUGAUGUUAGACAAAAUGGGAGAUGCUUUGCCCCGAGCAACCGCAGUUGCCAUAAACUCGUUCAGUGCAGUACACAGUCCUAUUGCGCAGGAGCUAGAAAGCAGGUUCCACAUGCUUCUGAACGUUGGUCCAUUCAUUCUGACAACACCACAAUCUGUUACUCUAGAUGAUGAAGGGUGCUUACCCUGGUUGAACUCGCAAGAGGAGAGGUCAGUGGUGUACAUAAGCUUCGGAAGUGUGAUAAUGCCUCCACCAGAUGAGUUGACUGCAUUGGCAGAGGCGCUAGAAGAAGGUAGGUAUCCGUUUAUUUGGGCGUUUAGAGGUAACCCUGAUAAACAAUUACCAGAUGGGUUCAUGGAAAGGACAAGAAUGCAAGGGAAGGUUGUAGGGUGGGCCCCCCAAAUGCAGAUCCUUAAGCAUGCAGCGGUUGGUGUCUGCAUCACACAUGGUGGAUGGAAUUCAAUUUUGGAUUGCAUAGUUGGUGGUGUGCCUAUGAUUUGUAGGCCAUUUUUUGGAGACCAGUCGUUGAACACUGCUACACUUGAGCAUGUAUGGGAAAUUGGUGUGGGGCUUGAAAACAAUGUUUUCACUAAAGAAGAAACUGUAAGAGUUCUGGAAAUAGUAAUGUCAAGUGAGCAAGGGAUGAUGAUGCGGGAGAAGGUAUUGCAACUCAAGGAUUCGGCAAUGGAGGCCGCGGGACCUGAAGGUGACUCUACCAAGAAUUUCUGCACUUUUGCAGAUAUUCUUUCAGGUUUACACCAUGGCAAAUCGCACCAUCCACAUGGUUUAAAAGGUAUCCGCCACAAAAUUGCAGGUGCAUUUGCUGCAGCACAUCACAAAUUACGUCGCCACCACCAUCACCACCAUCAAAAGCACUAAGGUUUUAGAAGUUUUUUUCACCCACAAUUGCAUCGUUGAAAUCUAUUAAAACUAGUUGGAACCUUGGAUUUUGAUUUCCAUAUGGUAGCUAAAGGAAUAUACACUUGGCUCUAGGUGUAGAUUUUCUAAAGGUUCCUCGUUAUUCCUCAACUGCAAAUGUAAACAUUAAUGAAGACUUCCAUUUUCU